AAAAACAGGCCACCUGUAGACUGGAGGCUUUGGGUUUGGUCCAGGGCUUCACCAAUCUGGUUUUGCCACAUUUCAUGAUAUAUUUGUCUUUUCGGAAACCGCUUAGAAGCAUAUAUCAUAUAAGUCUGCCCAGCGUAUGCCUAUUGAGCGCAUGUGAGAAUCAAAACAGGAGUCUCAAAGUCAGAGCAAGAACACCCAUGGCCACAAGGGGAUUGGUGCUGUAUCUGCUGUCGGGUUUCUCUGUGGCUGUUCUCUCAGUGUUCUUCUUCACCGACCCAAAUGGCAAUCACACAUACCCACCAUCGAAUCUGUCCUCUCUUAACACCACGCUUUUGCAGUACCCAUUUCCAUCGGUAUCAUCCAGCAGCGAAAAAGUUUGGCCGGAGUUGGAGUUUAGUUGGAGAAUUGUAUUGGCAACUGUGAUUGGGUUUUUGGGAUCAGCAUUUGGAACGGUUGGUGGAGUCGGAGGAGGAGGCAUUUUUGUUCCUAUGCUUACCUUGAUUGUUGGGUUCGAUACCAAAUCUGCUGCUGCACUUUCUAAAUGUAUGAUAAUGGGGGCAUCGACAUCGUCAGUCUGGUAUAAUCUAAGAGUAAAUCAUCCAACCAAGGAAGCACCCAUCAUAGACUACGACUUGGCCCUUCUGUUCCAGCCCAUGCUCAUGCUUGGGAUCACUGUUGGAGUAGCUCUCAGUGUUGUCUUCCCUUACUGGCUUAUAACCAUCCUCAUCAUCAUUCUGUUCAUGGGGACUUCAACGAGGUCUUUCUUUAAGGCAGUCCAGAUGUGGAAUGAAGAGACACUUUUUAAGAAAGAGUUGGAGGAGCAAAGACGAACCAUGGUCAACUCUCAUGGCGAACUUCUAAUCGAUGCAGAGUAUGAUCCUUUGAUUCCCAACGAGGAAAAAUCAUGGAUUCAAAUAUUAUUCUCCAAUCUGAGGUGGAAACGAAUUCUGGUGCUAGUAACUGUAUGGGUUAUUUUCCUACUUCUUCAGAUCUUCAAGAAUGAUUCAACAGUUUGCAGUGCAUGGUAUUGGGUGCUCUUCUUACUACAGUUUCCUGUAGCAGUUGUAGUGUUUGGUUAUGAAGCAGUUAAACUACACAAAGAAUACAAGAAGAGGAUUAUCUCAGGGAACACAGAAGCAGUUUGCGAGGCUAAUAUUGAAUGGACAGGACUGAACCUUGCAUUCUGUGCUCUCUGUGAUCUUGGGGGCACUGUUGGAGGUCUGUUGGGUUCAGGUGGUGGAUUCAUACUGGGUCCACUCCUCCUUGAGAUUGGUGUCAUCCCCCAGGUUGCAAGCGCAACAGCGACUUUUGUGAUGAUGUUCUCAUCAUCCUUAUCUGUUGUGGAGUUCUACCUCCUCAAGAGGUUUCCCAUUCCAUAUGCUUUGUACCUCAUAUCAGUGUCUGUUGUGGCUGGCUUUUGGGGACAGUUAUUUAUAAGAAAACUGGUUGCAUUUCUAAGGAGAGCUUCAAUUAUCAUAUUCAUCCUAUCCGGUGUGAUAUUUGCCAGUGCUCUCACAAUGGGAGUUGUUGGGACCAAAGAGAGCAUCACUAUGAUACACAAUCAUGAAUUCAUGGGGUUCUUAUCAUUCUGUGACAGCCAAUGAUUUCUUGCAAUGAAGAAAAAGGUGGAUGCUCAAGGAGGGAAAUGCACUGGAAAUCAAAGGGAAGCAUGAAUAUAUCAUAGGAAAAGCAAUGGAGUUUGUUGGCCAAUGCCUAAUUGACCAACCCCGCAAUAAAAAACUAUUCUUUAUGCUUAUCUCUGGAUUUGGCUGUGUUGAGGGUUAGCUACUGGCUAACACCACCGGCUCCAGUUCUCUAUUCUAGGUCAUUGUGAACAAAAAAUUAUUUAUUGUGUUUAAUAAGCAAUGAAGGACUUGAAUGAUCAGAAAUGAUCAGAAAA